GGAAUUCCUCCCCAUGGAUCCCCUCAGGAUCCCUGAUCACCAAAUCAGCCCUUACUCAAGUACUGUGUGAAAACUUAACUAAGCCAUUCCACUGUCCAUAAUAGGGUUUCUUUAUGGAGAACGGAGAACCAAUAGAAACAGAUCAGAUGGAACAUAAUGAUGGUCACACACCAUUGACAAACAUCUCAAACACCAUUACUAUAGCUGAUGAAAAUGGAUCAAAAUCGCUUGGUCCAAAUGUCGAUGCUAAGGAACGUAAGAGGCAAAGGGAAAGGGAAAGAUAUGUCGAGAUGACUGUUGAACAAAAAAACGAGAAAAGUAGAAAGCGUCGUGAAGUAAGCCAACGAAAUAAAGGACCUCCUAUACAGCCAGAGGCAUCUAGAGGUGAUGAAAAAGUUAAAUUCCUCAUUGUUAUUAUACCUACAUGUACCUUAUACUCCCUCCGUUUCGUUUUAGUUGUCGCUGGAUAAUUCAAAAUUGAACUAUCCAGCGACAACUAAAAAGAAACGGAGGGAGUACAAUGUUGUCGUGUAUUCUUUUGUAUAUGGGUGAUAUACAAAGAAGACAUUAAUAUGAAGACAUAUGAGACGAUUAACUUUGAAAUAAGUGGAGAUGUCCAUCUUGGUUCAGUUAGUCUUUAAGAUGGCUGUAGCAUAAUUGAUUUCACAAACUUUGCAACACAAGGUAUUGCAGGGUCAAGGGCUCAAGUGGUCGUGUCUUCGCUACGGAUGUAUUACCUAUGGGAGUCCAUGUCCCACUUAAAGCUUGUUAGCAACAUGACAGCAAAAAACGACCCUUGGUUUGCGGAGUUUUUGUUGCGCGUAGGCGGUGGAACUGAGGACACAAAUAGUGACGGCGACAUUCGUCUUCCUGACGAUGUGUGUGUGCCUUACAGUGGGAGUGACAGCAAUCUUGACAACCUAAUAGACUUCGCUUUCCCAAAUCUCAACGAAAAUAUGUUUGAUUCCACUUACAUCACUUCAAGGGCGAUACUGUCAACAUAGAACGACUGGGUGGAUAUGAUAAAUGUUAAGAUGAUUGAUCGUUUUCAAGGGGAUCAUAUGGUGUACCAUAGUUUCGAUAGCUCCAUGGAUGAUCCCCAUAACUACUACCCACUUGAGUUCCUAAACACAUUGACGCCUAAUGGCUGCCACCUCAUGUUUUGAAGCUCAAGAUUGGAUGUCCUAUUAUAUUGCUCCGGAAUAUAGACCCUGUAAAUGGACUUUGCAAUGGCACCAGGCUGGUCGUUCGUGGCUUCCAAAGAAAUAGCAUUGACGCAGAGAUUGUACUGGGUCAACACGUUGGAAAAUGGAUUUUCCUACCGCAUAUACCGCUGUGUCCCUCCGAUGAAGAGAUGUUCCCUUUCUAGUUCAAAAGAAAGCAGUUUCAUGUACGGCUUAGCUUUGCAAUGACGGUUAACAAAGCACAGGGUCAGACUAUUCCCAAUGUUGGUGUAUACUUGCCUGAACCAGUGUUCUCUCAUGGCCAACUAUAUGUUGUUCUAUCUAGAGCGACAGCCCGAUCGAACAUAAAGAUUCUUGUCAUCCCAGCCAUCGAUGGGAGGAAAAAGUCAAGGAAGGGUGUAAAGAAAAACCUUGCCAUAGAUUGUGGGACAUAUACCAAGAACAUCGUCUACAAGGAAGUCCUAACAAUCUAGACCCAUGGUUUUUGUCCUGCGAGAAUGGAAUCUCUAUUUGUAGGCUUGUCUCAUAACAAGCCAAAAAAUCGGUGGCAACCGCAAUAGUUCGAGAAGACUAUAUUUGCACGCAAGGUGAUCAUGCCCUCAUCGAUUUUAUUAAGGAAAUCCCUUGUGAACCAAGGGUAGAAGUCGUGCUUAUUGAUGAUGCCUUUGUUGAAAGGAAGUGGAUGGAGUGUUUAUUUCAGCCGAACGCAUAUUUAGGUGACGAGGUGUUUUUCCGAUAAACAUUCGAGAGACGCACUAGUAUCUUGUCGUGAUCCAUGCAAAAAAUAUGGAGAUACAAGUGCUCGAUUCACUUGGUACUUCACAAGACCGCAAAGACCUCACUGACUCUAUUAAAGGACUGCAAAUACAAAUUGAUAUGAUAUCUCAACGUAAGGAGUUAAAAGACCACAGGUGGCCAGACCUCCAAGUUGCUUCUUGGCCGCUCAGAGAAAUAGACAUGGGAUAUGCAAAGCAGAAAGAUAGCUCUUCAUGUGGCCUCUUUCUUUUGAACUAUAUCGAAUACUGGACACGGGAUGAAUUGUUUGACAGUUUUACCCAGGAUGACAUGUCACACUUUAGGAAAAAAUGACUGUUAUAUUACUAUCUUCAGACCUGAAUAAGAGAAGGGGGUGUCUGUUAUACAAAAAUGAAAAAGAAGUUGACUCUGGAAGCCCAUCAGAGGUUGAGAUAUUAGAAAACCCAACAGAUUCUAAUAAGAGGAAACUACUCCACGUGCUUGAUGAUAGCGAAGUAGUGUAUGAAGAUGAGGAAGGCCCUAUUACUCAAGCAGACCUGCAAAGGUGGUUUGUUGAUGAUUUGGAUAAAAGAGCUCCUGUAAAAGUCUCUACCGAUGGGUGCACCAAUGACUAUGUAAUGGUUGGUCUUUCCACAAAGGACAUGCCAGUGACCAAAGCCGAUUCAAUAGAUGUUUUAUGUGAUUAUAUCAUGGCAAUAGAAGACGAUACAACACUAGAGAUGACAUGGGUGCGAAGUUUCAAUCCUUUUAAGAUAGAAAUUUCUGUCAAAGACCUGCAAAACAUAUUAACGAUAAAUCAAGAUAAGAUUCUAAGAUGUUUUGACAUGGUUGUUCGGCUGCAUGCCAAUAAAGAGUCACGUAGGCCGAAAGAAGAAAUCAUAAAUAAUAGAAAGCAUUAUAUGGACAUGCGUUUCUGGAGAAUGGUUGGUUUUGGUAAACUUCCAAAGUACCAUCAGGAUCCUACAACAGAAGAGUUAGCCAAAACACUCGAUUGUUGGUCAUCAAUGAAUUAUUAUAUCACGGGUUGUAGAUAUGUUCUUAUGCCAUGGAAAUUCAAUGGAUGCCACGCCCUUUUCGUAAUAGAUCAUGUUAAAAAGCAUGUGACUUUUAUCGACUUUACACCAACUCAAGAUUGGUGUAAACACAUGCCAUACAAGAGUUUCAUGGAAGCGAUUAUCAUGGCCUCAAAAAAAUAUAAGAUUGCUUACAGCAAGAAACAUUCUGGAUGGGCGGAGGAUAUCUUUAAGUGGGAACAUACAAUUCAGACUGGUGUUCCAAUUGACUUAAGAGGGUUUAAUACCAGCUACCUCGUUCUAUAAGCUAUGGCCAUGUGGGGGAAUGACAGACGAAUGAAAUUUGUUGGGGAUGCAAAGAUUCUUCGAAGGAACUUUGUGAUUGAUCUAUUAAGUUAUGAGGACAAUUCGUGCCGAUAUGCCAUCCCUGCAAACAUACAACAGAGACUUAUCGAUAUCGCUAAAAAGAAUUAGCUGAUUAGUGUACAGUUGUCGACACAUUUGUCUGUAAUUAAAAAUUCUAAAUUAACUUUUUAGAAAUAAUUUGUGUCCUUUUGA